GGAAUGUAUUUGAUAAAAAAAAAAUUUUAAUUUAAAUUUAAAAUGUAUUUAAUAGUGAAAUGUAAAGAGCAAAAUCCCUUGGGUUUUCUGCACACCCCGGGCCAUAAUAAAAUCCAGAUUUCAGAGUUUUCAUUGACAACCUUUUACAUUCUCAAGCAAAUUUUCCAUUUAGAAAAAAUGAAGGAAAAAGAAAAUCCAAAUCACAAAUUCUAGUUGCCUUUUUCAGCACUCAAUCUCAAAGAAGCAAUUGUUUUCACAAUCCUUCCUUCCAUUCUAUUGUUUCACCCUUUAGGGUUGGAUUAGAUUAUCAAAAUCUUUCGAAUUUAUUUUCGAAGAAUUGACACCAUUGCUUUUAUGAUUUCACCUUUUCCAGUCCACAGCUUGAUCAGGAUUUUGAUUCCUAUCCAAAUUUCUUCACUUUUCUUCACCAGAGCAUCUUUCUUGUUGCUAUUAAUCUUGUUCCAGGCCUUUCCCUUGCCUUCCAGUUCUUCACAAUUCACCUCUAAAACAUCAAAUCUUUGUCACAAAAACCAAAAACCCAAAUCGCAAAUACCCUCAGAGAACAUCAUGAGAAUUCACCCAUUGCCCAGGAAAAGAAACAUCACUAUCCAAUAUGAGAUGAACCCAAGAACCACAAGGUCCCAAGCUGAGACCUUGUUAACUGGCGGGUCCCAUAAGAAGCUUCGGCGGCUGCCUCACAUCUUUAGCCGCGUCCUGGAACUGCCUUUCAGAUCGGAUGCCGACGUGGCGGUGGAGGAAAGCCCUGACUGUUUCAAGUUCGUUGCUGAAACGGAUGGGAGAAUCGGCGACGUUGUCAGGGCUCAUAUGGUGGAAAUCCAUCCUGGGGUUACUAAGAUUGUGAUAAGGUCGAAUAGUUUGGUGGAUUUUAGUUCGUUGGAUGAUUUGGAGCUUGACAUGUGGCGGUUUAGGCUGCCGGAGACGACGCGACCAGAGCUGGCUAGUGCGGUUUACGAGGAUGGGGAGCUAAUUGUGACGGUGCCGAAGAGAGGGGAAGUGCAGAAUUUGGAGGAAGGAGUUGGUGGAGGUGAAGGGAAUGGGGAGUUUAGAGGAGGUAUGGGAAAUGGUAAUAAUAAUAAUAAUAGGCUUGUUCUUGUACAGUAAAAACGAUAGUAUAUUUGCUUUGUUUUUUUAAUUGCAUGAUAUUUUCAUUUUAGUUAUUGUAUGGUUACCUUUUAUUAUUCAAUCAAAUCAAGAAUUGUUCUUCUCU